GUUAGUGGGAUUUUUUUUAUUGUGUAUAUACUCGUCAUAUUAUUUCCGUUAGCAUGCCCAUAAGAACCCGCUAUGUCGUCGAGCGAUGCUAUUCCGGUAUAUAGUAACCGCGAAUGAAGAAUCAAGAACCAACUGCAUUCAGCUGCCUAGAAACUGCUAUUUUGUCUUUGGUAUAGUGCCGGGAACAUCUUAACUGCUAACAAGGUUUAUAGAAAUGACUGAGCGUUUAUUUAUACCUACCUAGGUACCGGGUAGGUAGUGUUUUGCGGAAACUUCUCUCGGAAACUUUCCGGGCAUUUUGGCCCAAGCAAGGGUCAGCAGAGAUGUAAAUUUUCUUUUUUUUUUAAAAAAAAGAAAAACUUUAUGGAACAUGACUACAAGGAAGUACAGAAUCUAGUUAUAUAACACUAUCGAGCAUUGAACGUCAGAAGAAAGAAAUGGCGUAUCUAGAACUUUUUGUCCUUACAUGGGGUAUUUAUCCUCGCCGCGUACUCAUCUAUCUUCACGAAAAGGGGCUCCUUAAUUCCCAACACAUCAAAAUUAUACCGGCGACCAUAUCUCCUACUGUUGAGAUGAUAGCUCCGGGAAAGCCAAAGGGUACCGUACCGAUUUUAGCCUUGCCAGAUGGAACUUCCAUCAAGCAAUCCGUCGCGUUCUGGACUACUUCGAGGAUAUAUGCGAGGUAGCGAUGCGCGCGAGGGGGCAACAACAAGAGAGAUUCUGGCGCUAACAGAGGAGGCUGCAUCCAUGUUCGGAUUUGCUUGUCGUAAAGGCAGCAAGCUCUUCCAACCAAUGGAGCCUGCGAAUCAUGUUGCGGCAAGCCUGGCUAUGGGCUUUGUGGAGAGAAACAGGAGACUUUUCGAGGCGUAUUACGAAGGCCGGUUUAGAGGAGGCGAUCCUCUUGAUGCUGAGAGGGUUACCAUCGCAGACUGCGUCCUGUGUUCGCUUCUGCAGUUCGUCAAGGAACUGUAUGGAGUUGAUGUGCUGGCGGGUCCGGAACUGAUGAAUCUCAAACGAUUUUAUAGUACGUUUAAGGAGAGGGAUAGCGCUAAGAUUCCCGAUCGAUUUUACCCCCAGGGUCUUAAGGUGCUCGCUUCUGUCUGGUAUUAAGACUGAUGACGGCGAUCAACCGAGCGUGGAGGGAAACAUUAUAUGUACCUAGAGAAUAGGUACCUGUUAAUAGUAUAUGUGUCUCCGGGCUUAGAGACUACUUCUAACUUCAGCAAGUUAAUAUUGGACCCGGGCUUAAGGUGUGCUAGUUAUAGUAGAUUCCACGCAGAGUCGAAACCGCCUAUUCUGAAGGAGUCUCUGUAGUAGUC